CUAGGGUCAGACCACCUGUGAACAGAAAAAAGGAGGGGGAGAAGACUGGACCAAACCAAUACAUGUUAAAGACAACCAUGCCCAAAAUAAGGGAGGAGGGUCCAAUUCCUUGUGUCCCCCCUAUUAUAAGGGGGCCCCUGUCAUACACGCAGGUCAUGUGAGGACUCAUUUUGAAGAGGAUGAAAAUGCGCUGACAUAGUGAGGAGACGUCUGGGCGUCACAUUCUGCAGAGAGAAGAUUUAGCUGGACCAGGCGGUCCUGUAACAACAAGGAAACCGCACGGGUGCUCUACAGAUCUUCUGGUGGAGGUCGCAUUCCCUGAAGCUUUAGCUCCAGUUCAAUCUCACAAACUGAUCGGGAUUUUAUGACAGAAUUCUCCCCAGAAGGAAGAGGACUCAUCUGCAGACAUCACUGUUCGGGGUGAUCGCCCCUCGUUACUACAGAGCAGAGUGUUCUGGUUUAUCUGGUUCCUCCAACCCAGGAUCCUCUGCUGAUAUCUUCUAUAUAAGAGAAUUCUCCUGGAUGAUCCAUCAACCAUGGAGAGAGACAGGAACAAGAUGGCCAACAGGAUCAUAAACCUCACCCUACAGAUACUCUUCCGGCUUACUGGAGAGGAUUACACAGUAGUGAAGAAGUCCUCUAGUGGGCGCUGUCGGGUCCCUGUGUGUGAAGAAUGGGGAGGAACCCUGAGCCCAAUCCCGGGGCCCCCACCUCACUCCCUGAUACAUGAGGAAAUGGAUGAACAGAAGAUCCUAGAACUGAUCAACAAGAUGAUGGAGCUGCUGACUGGAGAGUUCCCUGUAAGGUGUCAGGAUGUGGCGGUCUAUUUCUCCAUGGAGGAGUGGGAGUAUGUAGAAGGACACAAGGAUCAGUACAAGGAUCAGGUGAUGAUGGAGGAUCAGCAGCCCAUUACAUCACCAGUCAGAUCCAGUAAGAGAACAGCACCGGAGAAGUGUGUUAAAUAUCAAGUUAAAAUUCUGGAGGACAUUCCUACAGGGAAAGAUCUGACCUAUAUUAAUGCUACAGACAUAAAGGAAGAAGAGGAGACAGAUGUGAGCGGUGAUGAGCAGCAUAAGGAGGACAUUCCUACAGGGAAAGAUCUGAGCUAUAUUAAUGCUACAGACAUAAAGGAAGAAGAGACAGAUGUGAGCGGUGAGGAGCAGUAUGAGGACAUUCCUACAGGGAAACAUCUGAGCUAUAUUUAUUCUACAUACAUAAAGGAAGAAGAAGAAACAGAUGUGAGCAGUGAUGAGCAGUAUAAGGAGGACAUUCCUACAGGUAACCGCCCAGAUGACUGUACCAGGAGAUCAGAGGAGAAUCUUAUAUCUUCAUAUUAUAAAGCAGAUGAUGAUAUCACACAAGAUACAUAUGAAGAACAUUCCAUUAUCCCAGAUACACCCUCAGCCCUUCACAGCCAAGAUCUGUCAACUGAUCCUGUUAUAGCCUUCAUGUCUUCUGAUCCAUCACAGACUGGUAAACAGAAUAAAAGCUACAGAAGGGUUGUUGGAUAUCAAAAAGCUAAGACCGUAGAGAAGCCAUUUUUAUGCUCAGAAUGUGGAAAAUGUUUUACGCAAAAAUCCCAUCUUGUUACACAUGAAAUAAUUCACACAGGGGUAAAGCCAUUUUUAUGCCCAGAAUGUGGGAAAUGUUUUUCUCGAAAAUCACAUCUUCUUGAACAUCAAAACACUCACACAGGGGAGAAACCAUUUUCAUGUCCAGAAUGUGGAAAAUGUUUUUAUUAUAAAUCAAGACUAUUUGAACAUCAAAGAACUCACACAGUAGAGAAGCCAUUUUUAUGCUCAGAAUGUGGAAAAUGUUUUAAGCAAAAAUCACAUCUUGUUAAACAUCAAAGAAUUCAUACAGGGGUAAAGCCAUUUUCAUGCCCAGAAUGUGGGAAAUGUUUUUCUCGAAAAUCAUAUCUUUUUGAACAUCAAAACACUCACACAGGGGAGAAGCCAUUUUCAUGUCCAGAAUGUGGGAAAUGUUUUGCUCAGAAAUCAAUUCUUGUUAAACAUCAAAGAAUUCACACAGGGGAGAAACCAUUUUCCUGUCCAGAAUGUGGGAAAUGUUUUAUUCAAAAAUCUAAUCUUGUUAAACAUCAAAAAAUUCACACAGGAGAGAAGCCAUUUUCCUGCUCAGAAUGUGGGAAAUGUUUUAUUCAAAAAUCUAAUUUUGUUAAACAUCAACGAACUCACACAGGGGAGAAGCCUUUUUCAUGUCCUGCAUGUGGGAAAUGUUUUAAUCAUAAAUCAAAUCUUGUUGAACAUCAAAGAACUCACACAGGAGAGAAGCCAUUUUCAUGUUCAGAAUGUGGGAAAUGUUUUACUCAGAAACCAUAUCUUGUUAAACAUCAAAAAACUCACACAAAAAGCUAUUUUCUUGUACAAUCUGUCCUUUUAGGACAAAGUAAUGUCUAAUUACACAUUAAAGAAUUCACAAAUAAACGUAAUCUGUUUUA